CUUUUCGUGGACCAGGAACGGGACCCACUUUGACAUUGACCAGGACCCCAAGGUCACAAUGCGACCCCACUCUGGCACCCUGGUGGUGGACAUCAGUGGAGAGAAGGUUGAGUCAUAUGAGGGGGUGUACCAGUGUACGGCCAGGAACGAACAUGGGACUGCAGUAUCAAACAAUAUCGUCAUCAGACAGUCCAGGUCCCCCUUGUGGUCGAAGGAAAGAAACGAGCCGAUCAUCGUUCAGGAGGGCGUGUCUCUGGUGCUACAGUGCCGGCCCCCUGCCGGCCUGCCCCCUCCCAUCAUCUUCUGGAUGGACAUCAACUUCCAGAGGCUGCCUCAGAGCAUCCGUGUGUCCCAGGCGUUGAACGGAGACCUGCACUUCUCCAACGUCCUGAAGGAGGACUCGAGGAACGACUACAUCUGUUACGCCCGCUUUCCUCACACACAGACCAUCCAGCAGAAACAACCCAUCACCGUCACAGUGCUCAACCUGGAUGCAAUCAAUGAGACUGUUGCUGCUUUAUACAAUGAAACUGAUUUUCUUAGUGAUGGCUCGGCGGAGGAGAGGAGACCCACCUUCCUGAUUCCGUCUGGCUCCAGCACCUCCAAGAUGGUGCUGAGAGGACAGGUCCUGGAGCUGGAGUGUAUCGCUGAGGGACUACCCACUCCAGAGGUGUCAUGGAGUAAGGUGAGCGGGGAGUUCCCUGCCAAGCGGACUUCCUUCCUGCACUUCCAGAAGACACUGCGUAUCGUUGACGUGUCUGAGGCGGACGCCGGAGAGUACCGCUGCACCGCCCGCAACCGCCUGGCCUCCGUACACCACACCAUCCGCGUCACCGUCAAAGCGGCCCCGUACUGGAUCAGUACCCCCAGAAACCUGGUGCUGGCUCCCAGGGAGAGGGGUAAUAUGAUCUGCAGGGCCAGUGGUACCCCCAAACCCACCAUCACCUGGGCCAUGAACGGAAUCCCCAUAGAAAGUGAGUACUCAGACCCUAGUAGGAAGGUGGAGGGUGACACCAUCAUCUUUGAGGAAGUCCAGACUGGAUCCAGUGCAGUCUAUCAGUGUAACGCAUCCAAUGAAUAUGGAUAUCUGCUGUCCAAUGCCUUCGUCAACGUUCUCUCUGAAACACCCAGAGUCCUGACUCCAGCUAACAAGGUCUACCAGGUGAUCAGGAACAACCACGCCUUACUGGACUGUUCCUCCUUCGGCUCGCCCAUCCCCAAAAUAACAUGGUUUAAGGACAGCAGGUCCAGCACCCUGGACGGGGACCCCUACGUGCUGCAUGAGAACGGGACUCUGGAGAUACAUGUGGCCCAGGCCGUCAACAGUGGGAAGUACACUUGUGUGGCCAGGAACUCUCUGGGCAUCUCUGAGAACCACGUCUAUCUUGAGGUCAAAGAGCCCACGCGUAUCCUGAAGCAGCCGGAGUACCAGGUGGUGCAGAGGAACAGGAACGUGGUGUUUGAGUGUAAAGUAAAACACGACCCCUCCCUCAUCCCUACCAUGACCUGGGUCAAAGACGACGGAGAACUACCCGACGACGAGAGGUUUCUGGUGGACUCUGACAGCCUGACCAUAACCGACGUGACAGAGAAUGAUGCAGGAACUUACACCUGCAUCAUGGCCACCACUCUGGACCAGGACUCUGCUAGCGCUGAGCUCAUCGUUGUCGAACAACCAGACCCUCCUACUGACCUGGAGCUGACAGACCAGAAGCCCAGGAGUGUCCAGCUGACCUGGAUACCCGGAGACGAACACAACAGCCCUAUUCACGUGUUUGUGAUCCAAUACACAGACUCUCUCCACCACCAUGGCCACUGGCACAACCUGACCCUGGUUCCGGGCUCUAAGACCACGGCCCACCUUAAGCUGUCUCCUUAUGUCCACUACGCCUUCCGAGUCCUGGCCCUCAAUGAAGUGGGCUUCUCCAACCCCUCAUUGCCCUCCCGCAUGUACAAGACCAACCCUUCAGCUCCUGAUGAGAACCCCAGUGGAGUUGAUGGCUUUGGAACGGAACACGACAACCUUGUGAUCUCAUGGAAGCCAAUGUCAGGUCACCAGGCCAACGGACCAGGCCUGCAGUACAAGGUGAUGUGGAGACAGAAGGACGUGGACAAGGAGUGGACGUCAGUGACCGUGGCUAACGUCUCCAAGUUCAUGGUCUCUGGCACGCCCACCUUCACACCCUACGAGGUCCAGGUUCAAGCCAUCAACGACUACGGGAUUGGACCUGAGCCAGCUGUGGUCACCGGACACUCCGGGGAGGACUUGCCGAUGCAGGCACCAGACAAUGUCCAGGUUCUAGUGUUGAACAGCAGUCUGGCUGAGGUGCACUGGGAGCCUGUCCCACCUAAGACAGUACGGGGACGUCUUAAGGGAUACAAGGUGUACUACUGGCGUGAGCGGAGCCUCCACAAACACAACCCACACCAUGUGGAGCAGCAGGUCCUGACCUUCAGUGGGAACAAGAGUCAUGGCAUGCUCCCAGGCCUGCAGCCCUACAGCCUCUACCUGUUCAACGUCAGGGUCUUCAACGGCAAGGGGGAGGGCCCCGCCAGCUCCAACCAGCAGUUCGAGACCCCUGAGGGAGUCCCUGGGCGGCCAUCUUUCCUGAAGAUCACCAAGCCUAGCCUGGACUCUCUCACUCUGGAGUGGGGCCCUCCCUACGACCGAAACGGACUCCUCACCGGCUACACCCUGAAAUAUCAGACAGUCAAUAUCUCCAACGUGCUGGGUCCGGUGGAGGAGCUGGCCCUGCCAGCCAACGAGACCACCGUCACUCUCAUUAACCUCAAGUACAGCACGCGUUACAAGUUUUAUUUCAAUGCCAAAACAGGCCAGGGAGCAGGGCCUGUCGUUACAGAGGAAGCCGCCACUAUCAUGGAUGAAGGUGAAGAGGAGUGGCAGAAAGAGUAUGUAAAUGGCUCUCGGGCCUAUGUGCUGAAGGGCUUAAAGGAGGGCCUGUCCUAUAGGGUGCGCGUGGUCGCCAAGGGUCACAACGGCCAAGCGGUGCUCCACCAAUCAGAAGAGCUUUUGGUGAUGAUUCCAGCUAUGGCAGCCCGACAGGUGGACAUUGCUACUCAGGGCUGGUUCAUCGGCCUGAUGUGUGCCAUCGCUCUCCUCAUCCUCGUUCUCCUCAUCAUCUGCUUCAUACAGAGAAACAAGGGAGGAAAAUACCCAGUGAAAGAAAAGGAGGACGCGCACACAGACCCAGAGUUCCAGCCCAUGAAAGAGGAUGACUGUACUUUCGGGGAAUACAGUGACACUGAGGACCAUAAGCCGUUAAAAGGGAGCCGCACGCCGUCUAACGGGACGGUGCACAGGGACAACAGUGACGACAGUUUAGUAGACUACGGCGGCGAUGGGGGUGACGGCCAGUUCAACGAGGAUGGGUCUUUUAUCGGACAGUAUAGCGGAAAGAGCUCCGCCAGGGACACUGCUGGGGGUCACGAAAGCUCUGAGGCCCCGUCCCCUGUUAAUACCUCCGCUAUGAACUCCUUUGUGUAGCCAGCUGGUUGAUCAGUAGGUCAGCCAGGUGGAGGGAUAGGCAGCCAGGCCAGUAGGUGGUGCUGCAGUAAACUGAACUCCUUUGUAGCCAGCUGGUUAAACAGCCAGGCCCGUAGGUUUGUGUAGCCAGACAUUUGGACAUCCAAACCUGUAGGGGCUCUCCAGUGGCUGUUCUAUUCGCCAUCUUCACAGGGCUGUUCCUCACGUCACCUUGUGGCUUAUUGUCAUCCCAUGCCCCACCCAUCCGCACACUACUGUCACAAACACAUAGGAGACUUCUUAAGAGACACAUAACAGACACGUGUGAGAUUCUGUACACUAACGCAAUGCUGCAGGACACUACUGGAGGAUUGUACGUUAUCAUUUGGGAAUCACUGAAUUUGUGGAGGGAUUGUGGAGACUAUUCCAACUGUUUUAUUCUCUGUAGCCUAUUGACUUAGUAGCGACACUUAGAACCAGACAUCUUCCUGAAAUGAUGUACAAACAUAUAUUAACACAAAUGAGUAGAUUAUUACAUGGAAGGUAUUGUCUAUCUAUCUUGAACUACUAUGCGGUACACAUUUGAAUUAUUUGGGUUUGCCAUAUUGUUUUUCCGGUCAAAGCAUUAUCUUGAUAUUAUUGUGUGUGUUAGAGGUACUUUUCCCUCCAGGGCAACCGUAAGGAGGCGUCAGUGUCUGUCGACAUGGUGGUGAAACGUGUCACUAAGUAUAUGAAUAUUAUUCAUUGUCUUUUUGCAAGACGGGGGCUGUUUGUACAGUUUAUACAGUUGCAUUUACAGUGCAGGAUAAUGUCUAGUGAGCUUCUAAAAGUAUUCUUCUGCCUGAAUCUAUAAUUCCGACUCCAAGCAGGCUCAAUCAAGCAUGACUCAAGUUACAUGAGUCGCUGCAUCCACGCCCCCACCAGGGGAUGCUGGUGUCACUUUAAAUGGGAGGACAGGCUCAUCGUAAUGGCUCGAGUUAAAUGAACGGAACGGUAUCAAACACCAGGAAGCCACCAGCCUCCACUGGCCCUCACAUGUCACCUUUGUUUUGAUCACUGCAAAUGCCGAAGUGCAGCAUGCUAUCAUGACAUCAUCAUCAUCAUCAUAACCGUUGACCUGCACGUGACCUUACUUCCUGUGGUUGCACAUCACAUGACCCUGACGGUGACCUUAUGGCGCUUCCUGUGAGACCCAAAGUGCACGUAUUGACAUCCAACUCUUUUCUUUUGCUUUUCUUUAAAAAUGUUGCGUUUUAUUUGUGGUGCUGGGUGGCCUUCAGCAGUACUGUGCCUUUUUAAUACAGAACUCUGAUUUCAGUUCAGUCUAGAUUCAUUCACAAAAAGACCGUUUUACUCAGAGUUCAGUGAGUGGAAUGCCCAUGAAGCAAUAGUCAUACUCUGAGGAUGAUGGGUUCAGCUAGGAAGGAUGAAAGGAUGGAGGACUCCAUAAAUUAAGGAAUAAUUCAUACAGUCAUCUUUUGAAAAGCUUCAAAAUGCUUCUCCCUCAGAUAAGCGGCUUAGGGUUGCCAUAUUGGACACGGUCAAUGCUCUGUACAUUUUUUUCAAGGUUCGGGUCAUCUACGAAGUGUUUGGUCAUAUUUUUGCGCGGUGUGUGCGUGCGUGUUGAGGGGAUAAUAUUCAUGCUAGUCACUUAUACUAACUACAUUUGAUGGCCUUUGGCGUGAUAAGGAAGGGAUCGGAAAAAAAAUAUUUCUUAACUUGCAUCAAGUUUUACGUUGUUUUUUUUUAAUGAACAUUAUUCGUUGCAUUUGUAAAUAUAUACUCUAAUUGACUGUACAGAAAACCACUGCAAGAGGAGCUUAAAUGGAUAGUUCACCCAAAUGACAACAUUUGAUCAACUAUCCCUUUAAGAGCCCGAGAGGCAGAACUGUGCAUGUGAAGGUUUGACUGGCUGAGAGAGCUGUGUUCAAUAUAGACUACUUCUAUAGAAUAAAUAUACAUUUUUUGUUACAAUUUUUUUUUUUUUUUUUGCUGUGAACAUUGUACAUUAUUGUAACUAACAGGACAAGAAGUUGCUCAUGAGUUCACAUUUGGAUGGUUUCCAUUUGUCAGCUAUAUAGUUGUGUGUUUCUGAAAUGUCCCUAUUUUGUACUAAAUAAAACCAUACAGUACUCUGGAAACCUUCAGAUGUAAUGGACUUUGGAGUGUAAGAUAAGUACCCCUCGAUGUACUGCGUCAUUCUGGUUUAUGUUGGUUAUAUGAGCAGCACAAGGACUGCCAAACUCUUCCACUUAGUGACAGUAUUGAAAAUGGUUUGGUGUUCUUAUUCUAAAACAGUUUCAAGGUUUUUACUAACAAUUUAUUUGUAUUUAAGUUUCUCCACGUAGUGAAAUAAUGAAUUUCCAAGUAAAUUGAAAUAUAAUGAAUGAA